AUGACCAAGGUUUUGUUGACCGGUGGUUCCGGCUUCAUUGCCACCCACAUUCUCGACCUGCUCCUGAAGACGGGUCACGCGGUGGUGACGACGGUACGGUCGCCCGAGAAGGCGGCGCCGAUCCACGCGGCGUACCCGGACGUGGGCCCGGAGCGGCUGCAGACGGUGAUUGUGCCGGACAUUGCGCAGGAGCAGGCCUUUGACGAGGCCGUACAGGUGCCGGGCAUCGAAGUGGUGCUGCACACGGCGUCGCCCUUUCACUUCCGCGUGACGGACCUGAAGCGCGACCUGGUCGACCCGGCCGUCAUCGGCACCACGGGCAUCCUGCGGGCCAUCGCAGCCCACGCGCCGCAGGUUCGCCGCGUCGUCGUCACGUCGUCGUUUGCUGCCAUCGCCGACGUCAGCAAGUCGGACGAUCCGACCACCAUCUUCACCGAGGCCUCCUGGAACCCGGUCACGCUCGCCGACGUCACCGGCGCCAACAACACCGUCGCCAAUGCCGGCACCGGAUACCGUGCCUCCAAGACGCUCGCCGAACAGGCCGCCUGGGCCUUUGUCCGCUCCCAGAAGCCCAACUUCGACCUCGUCACCAUCAACCCCCCCAUGGUCUAUGGUCCCGUGCUGCAUCACGUGACUGGCGGCAUCGCCGCCAUCAACACCAGCAGCGAGAUCUUCCGCGACGUCAUCACCGGCGCCUGGAAGGACAAGGACGAGCUGCCGCCCGUUCGCGUCGCCAACUUUGUCGACGUCCGCGAUGUCGCCACCGCCCACGUCGCCGCCGGCUUCCAGAAGGACCUCGGCGGCCAUCGCCUCUUCACCACCAGCGGCCACUACGACAACCGCACCAUCCUCGAGAUCGUCCGCGCCCACUUUCCCGAGUACGCCGACGUGCUCCCGCCCAAAGACAUCCCCGGCGGCGACCUCCCUGCCGCUCACUACGGCUUCGAUAACUCCGAGACCACCCGGCUGCUCGGCAUCACCUGGAUCCCCCUCGAGAAGUCUGUCGUCGAUGCUGUCAAGAGCAUCCAGCCGCUGUUGCAAUAG